AUGUAUUUCGCCACCUCUCAUCUCCCCCACUUACCACCGUCACCACCGCCGGAACCACCGUUAACAUGCGCCCAAGGCCAUAGCUCGACUUUGAUUAUCCCAACCGAUGAAGGCGGAUCAAUUUGUCUGCUCUGCUUGUCCAAUCUCAUUUCCAAUCCGAGAUCACCGACAGUUCACGUUUCCUAUGCUCUCUCCCAGUUAUCUAUCGCGCUUUUUCAACCGAGUUUUCGCCAAACCUUCUUCACAUUCCACUCUCAUUUCCUAAUCUCGCCUAUCGUCGGUGUUCUAUCUUCCUUCGAUGAUGAGCCCAUAGCCAAGCAAACUAUGGAUUUGAUUAUGCAGUUGUGUGAAGCUCCGGACUGCGAUGUGCAUGCAGAGUUUGUGGCUCGGUUUGCAGAUCGUCUUUCCAGUGGAUCUUUAGCUUGGAGUCAGAGACAGCUCCACACGCUUCACUGCUUAGGUCUUCUCUUGGAUUACCAAAAAAACCAUUCCUAUUGCCUCGAAGAAACGGAUGCCCUCAUUUUCAAUCUCGUUGGCGGCCUUCAAUUGUCCAGUGAAGAUAUUCAAGGGGAAAUCCUGUUUGUUCUAUACAAAUUAUUCCUACUCAAUGUGUCUCAAGACGGUGAAGAUCCUCCCAGUUUAUUUGGUCAUUUCUCGAAGCUCCUACACUUAGCACUGGCAGUUCUCAUGAAAGCUCAAAGUGAUGAUGUUCGCUUAAACUGUAUAGCAUUCUUAACAGUAAUAAUGCAAAGAGGAUUCUUUCAAACUACUUCUAUAAUUGGCACAAGGAGCAGGAGUUCUUAUGAUGUUGACCACUUGAUGGAAACAAAUGAGCAGAUAUCAGAUGGGCCUCUAGCUAUCUUGUUUGCAGAGGCAGUCAAAGGCCCCCUGCUUUCUUCUGAUAAUCAAGUUCAAAUAGCAGCGCUAGAUUUACUUUACCUUUAUCUGUCGGGGAAAGAUGUCUUAGAAAAUGAAAUCCAAGUAUUUGUUGAAGAGAACAUUGCAGACUAUGUGUUUGAAGUGCUGAGAUUGUCAAGAUGCAAAGAUCCAACAAUUAAAUCUUGUAUUCAGCUUCUUGAUAUUUUAGCAACUGCUGAGCAAGCAUUUAGACAGAGACUUGCAAUUGGGUUCAUGGCCCUGAUUCCAGUUCUGCAUCAUGUUGCUGAAAUUCCUUUCCACCCUGUACAGACUGAGACACUCAGGCUUAUUUGGAACUCUGUUGAGAACUGCCCAGGGGUGGUAUCCAAGUCUCAGGUAGAAGAAAUAAGCCUUUCAUUGACAGGAAUGCUCAAGAAAAAUCUUGACGGAGAAAUAGGCAUGCUUCCAGAGACAUUAGCUCUGGUCUGUUCAAUAUUUGUUGCACUUAUGAAAUGUUCAUCUACCUGUGGGAUUUCAAGUUUCUUACUAUCAAUUCAGGAUGCAUCAAGAAAUUGCAUCUUAACUUGUUUAAUUAAUUAUGGCAAAUACCCGGGUCAACUUUUGAACUCUCUUUACCUACUGAAAGAGGCAUAUUCAUAUAGUGUUGGGAUGAAUUCCUCAAGCUCAACCAACACAGAGCUUAGAAGAAGCAUUAUAGAUGUAUGCAAAACACAUAUAUUACCAUGGUUUAUGAAAUCCCUUCAUGAGAUGGAAGAUGAGGAUAUUCCAGCUGCAAUACUUGAAAAUUUCUAUUCCAUAUUGCUACAAGAUUCAGAAACUGAAACUAAAAUAUUUGCAAAUGUUCUGCUCACAUCUUCCUGGUUCAGUUUUGCAUAUGGAUGUUUAGGCUUUUUCCCUUCUGAAAAGAUGAAAAGGAAGGUUUAUCUUAUCUUUAGUGUGAUGACAGAUAUCAUUCUUGGGGUUGAUUCUGCGCGAUGCAUUAGCGAUGCUGCUCCACAUCUUCCAUCUGAUCCUAUAGAUUUGCUUUUCCUUCUGGGCCAUAAAAGCUCCCAAAAUGUUGAAUUGUCUUCUCGCCAACUGGCAGUUCUUCUGUUACUGUACAUCAGCUCACUGUAUGACGAUCGAAUUGCAGAUGAUAAGCUUGUGUUAGCUUCAUUGGAGCAAUAUAUUCUACUUAACAGCAGCAAAAACAUGCACAGAGCUUCUGUUUUGGGAAUAUUUAUAAAUCUUUAUGCACUAUACAGAGGUUUAGCCAAGGUGAGCUACCAAAUCCCCUACAGCCCAGAGGCUGAAAGGAUUGUGUUCCACCUACUUGCGGAAAAGGGCUGGGAUUUGCUAUCUACAAGAAUCCACGUAAGAUCUUUGAAAUGGUUGUUCCAACAAGAGAAAAUCUGCAACGUGUUGUCUGCCCAGAUUUUGAAAUUUUGCAGAUGCAAUUGCUCCAACGUAAACCAGAUAAAUAUCCAUGGUGAAGCCAAUCAGAAGAUAGAUGUGUAUGUUAUGACAAAACUUGUAGCUUUGGGGGAUAACUUUUUAGGUAUGGUCAUGGUGUUUCUAUUAGGAGAGGCUGGAGAACAAUAUUCCGAGUAUGACAUUGUUUCAGUGGUGAAUACCAUAAAACAUAUAAUAGAAAUCUCACCAAGUGCUUCAGAUCAAUUUUGCAUGCAUGGGAUAGCUGCUGCAAUUAAGAAUCUUUACUAUAAGUUUGGUCAUUCUUCAUCCCCAGAUACUUUCAUGUCCAUCUCCAAACUAGUAUCCUGCAUUCUUCAAGCAGUACACUCUGAAUCCCUCUCCGAUGAUGAACCCUGGGUUGCAAUUGUGGUGAAAAUUAUCGACUACCUGAUCCCCUCAGUAGCUGCAGAUGGAUGGACUCCAGGAACUCUUAUAUCAAUUGGCAUUCUUUCUAUGGUUUUGCAUCACUCAGUAAAUCAAGUGAUGGUUGAACCUUCGAAAACCAUAAUCCUUAGUACUCAUUUGCUAUCAUUGGUUAAUACCACUAUCGCCAAUGCCUGUUCCAAGGGACCUUCACUAGUUGAACAAGACGAAGGAACAAGAUCUGUAGAAGCUCUUGUUUUUGUGCUUUCACUGCUUUACUUCUCUUUGAGAAGUGUGCAUGCCAUUUUACCAGGGAUUGUGGACUGUCAAUAUCUGCUGGAUCCUACCAACAUACCACAACCCUGGCCUUAUAUUAGUAUACAGUGCCACGAUUUGUGCAAGUUAUUGCAUUUUGGAUCUAUUCCUAUUAAGUUACUUAGCUCGCAAUACCUUCUGGAGUUAUUCAGCGGAAUAGAAGAUGAGAGAAGUAGAAAAUCAGACACAUUAAAAUUCAGAACUAAUUAUUUGUUGUCUAUAAUGGCUGUUUUAGAAGGCCAAAUAUUCUCAAGUGACAUGUCUGUAGCAAUGAACUGUUCCCUCUGUUUGUCUAUGCUCAUUGGGUGGCAAGAUGUGGAAACAGAAGUAUCAGCUAUACAAAGGAACAACUGGUGUCGGUUUAUAGUAGAAGAAUUAGUGAUGUCCUUGGCAGCUCCAUCUUUGGCUUCAAAAUCUUUCAUGAUCCAUCACAAGCCUGCAAUUCAUAUUGCAGUUGAACUGCUGAGAAGAAAUAAAGUUCCUCAAUGGAUGACUUCAAUCUUCAAUGAAUCUUGCAUAUUUGCCAUUAUUAGAAACAUUACAAAUUCUAAUUUGAGCGCUGAGUUGGUGUUCCUCUUAAGGAAGUUGCUUAAUUAUGGUUUUCUGAAUGAUGAACAAAUUGCUGCUCUAAAUCAAGUAUUCCAGGAAUGCAGAAAAUGUAUCUACACAGACAAACUUCAACAUGCUGGGGAAGAGGAGAAGACAUGGAACGUAGCAGCUGCUUCAGAUUAUGUAGGUAAAGUUUGUCAGUUUCUCAUUAGCCUCAUAACGACUCAGCCAUCUAGUGUUAUGGAGUCUUCAAGAUUUCAAAGUGGGAAAAGGGAAUUGUUGGAAGAAAUAGACUUAUUUUCAAAAUGUUUAAUGAGGGAAGAUUGAGCUUGCACCAUUAAAGUUAGGUUUGGCAGAGU